AUGGAUUUUUGGUCUCGUCUCAUCGGCGGCUCCCGUUCGCUGACCUCCAAGAGCUUCCGCGCAACAUCACCAACUGAGCGAUUGACGGCUUUCAAACGAACCUGCAAUAGUCUCCAGCAAAUCUGGCGCUCCAGCAACACCCCUAUCGACCAACAAUCCACAACCACCCACUCCCGCAACUGCAUCGAACGCCUAAACUCCGUCCUCAGCGAUGAAUCCCGCGGCCCAGCACCCCACCCCUGUCUCCAAUACGCCUCCUCCUCCCAGAUCUUCGUAACCGUCACCAAGCUCGCGCUUUCCAGUUACGACGACAACACGUUGCGCUGCGCGGCUGUCUUCUUCAACACCCUGAUCGAUGCAGAGGUCGAUGGCGUCGUUGAUAACCGGUUGUUUGCGAGGGCGUUAGUUGAUCUGGUGAGGAGGGCGGAUAAGCAUUCGGAGGAUGUAGAGGGGAGGCUAGUCGAGUUGUUAUUUGGGGUUGCGAAUAAUAUUCGACUGCAGCCGGAUAUUCUGCCGGCUUGGUUUGCGCCGAGGAAUGAGAGGUUGGAAGGGCAGGAGAGUGGUGGGCAACGGCAGAGUGUGAGUGGGAAGGAGUUUGAGGGGGCGACGAGGAAGGAUGACUUUCCGCUGUUUUAUCUGCUGGUUGAGUAUGUGCAUCAUGAGGGACGGGCGGGUGAUUUUGCUCGUACGGGAUUGCUCUAUUUGAUUGAGACGGCUUCGCGGUCGAAGCAUCUGGAGCGGUGGUUAAUUGAGAGUGAUCUGGCGACUUUGAUGGCUACCGGUUUGGGUGCACUCUACAGUCAGCUGGGAAGUCUGUCAUUCAUCCCGCCUGAAGAGAACCCGCCGCAUAUCAUUGCUUUGUCGGAUCAUGCUGGACAGGAUACUGCUAUCGCACCCUACCUGGGCUCUCCUAUGAGAUCGUUCAUGUCGUAUCUCUUGUUCUGGCAGGAUACGAUUGACCAUUGCAAGUCAGCAGAAGUCAACGGGAACCUUUUAGACCACUUCCAAAUCCUAUUCUUGGAACAGCUAUUAUACCCAUCUCUAUUGGAAUCAUCAGAUGUUGAAGGAGGAUCCACCGCCGCAGUACUAACCUACCUUUACCGUAUCCUGGAAUCAGUGGUACAAGAUGAUCUGGUCCACCGCAUUCUUCACUUUCUGCUCGCCUCGGACUCGGGCAAGGGAAAAGUAGACAUGUCAGUCAGCAGACGGAAGUCACUGGACGUAUUGGCGGCAUUUGCAGAGGAAUCGGCUAAACCGUCACCAUCUCUGUUUAACCUGCGGGAUCUUGCACUGCUUGGUCUGCAGUCGUCGAGCCGUCAGACUAUCCUGGCAACGCUACGUCUGCUGACAGUCGUUCUCCAGCGCCAUCAUCCUUUCACACGGUCCUUGAUCCGAACGGUACCUGGGCAACCGGCCAAGCAGCGCACCAUCGGAGCACUGAAUGCAGAGCUGGGGAAUAUGGUCUCGAUGGCUACCUCCAUUGUGAAUGAUCCAACCCUGGACGAAUCAUAUGACAACUACCUCAAAGACGCCUCGUGGAUACUGGAGGCGCAUUUAUGCAUCGCCCCCGCCGAAGCAAGCCCCGAUGACCCUACAGCUGAUCGACCACUCGAACUCCAACAAGGUGAUGGUUUAAUCCGCGAACUACUGAAUUGCCUGCGCGAUUUCUUCACCAACAGCGUCGUGGUUAACCUGGCCCUAACCGAAGUCCUAAUGAGCAUCGCAUCCUCACACCUCCUUUCCCUCGAUGGCUGGAUCCUUGUCGAUCCCGCCAAAUACAACUACCCCGACCCAUCAACCCCCACAACCGACGAGAACAAGAACAACCUGGACAAAAUCCGCCUUGCAUACGAAGAACCUACCUGGUCCUCCGAAGACGCCCCAACCCUAACCUCCAUCCUCCAACACCUCGUCCAACAAACCCAAGAAUGGCGCAAAAUCCUCCCCGACUUCGACAUCCUCGUCGCAGCCCGUCGAGACCUCCUCCACCAAGAAGAUGAGCCCGUCAACCCCAACACAAACCCGCGCAGCAGCACCAGCCGCCUUUCUACCGCUACUAUCUGGGACUCUGAUAUGAAUUUCGCCCGCGGUCGUGCUCGAUCAUCGCUUACCCGUGGGCUAGGCAGUGCGUCUGCAUCGCCGCGCACUUCGACAAGUGCAUUUGGGUCUCCGCAUAGAGGGCGAGAUCGGUCCUCUUCGCUUGCUCGACCGCUCGCGUCCCGUGAAUCGUCACUAGCUCGGACAGAGGAUUUGCGGAAACGGCUAUCUGCGCCGUUCUUCCCGUCUGCGCCGGCGAACCCUGUGCCCAAACGUGAUAACCUCCCAACAACGACGGAGGAGGAGCCACAGGAGCAGGAGCAAGAACAGGGUGAAUCCGAAGAACAGAAGCACGAAGACAAAGAACAAUCGGGGGAACAAGGAGAACCCAACGAUGACGAAUCGGCUAUUGUGGAUGAACCGCCCCCGUCUGCAUCGCUGGGCCAUGUUCUAACGAAUGUGAUUAUUCUCUACGAGUUCCUGCUGGAACUCUCGGCUACGGUGCAGGUUCGGGGGAGUUUGUAUGAGGAGGCGGGAUUUCCGGGCAUUGGAGUAGAUGGUUCUUUUUGAUAGUUUUGUUAUGUAGUUUGGGAUUGGAUGGUGCAUUUAUAGAUGGUGAAUAUAUCCGUGUAACUAUAAUCUUCCCCCCUUUUUUGAUAUACAUUCGAGAAUAUUUGUAAUUGAACCCUGUAAUCGUCAAUUCCCUGGCGCGAUCAGCGAUAUCGAUCUUAAGCCGUCCGUUGAAUACAAGC